GCAGAUGCCGCGUUGCCAAGAUAUCGCAAAAGUCCAUGCCAGCGAAUAAAAGUACCGGAGUUGCGAAUAUACAGGAAUACUACAUGUACAGACACUACCAUUGAUGACCGUCUACCUGAGUUGGGUGUUUUGCAUGAAGCCAAAGUACAGGUAGGAUAGAUUCAAUGCUGCUUAGCCCAGGGUCACCUAUCAUCAAGGGGGGAUAACUCGCCUAACACUGGGGUAAACCAUUCUUCAGACGUUCCGCCUUGUAUCUUGCAUAAACCAAGACACUCAGGGGCAUCAUUACCUGUUACUCAACCCCACCCAGAGGGUGAAGUGACGAGCAAUGGCGAAAGGCAAAAAAGCCAAAUCAGCCGAAGCCAAAGCGCGCACUCAAGCAAAACAAUCCAAAAAGGCCGCCAAGGGGGAGAAAAAGAGCAAGGCAAAAGCGGCCGCCUUGAACGCGGCCGACUCUGACGCCGACGACGACGUGGACCUGGACGCCGUCCUAGCCGCCUACGCUGAAGAACAAGCAAAAUUCCUAAAAGUGACGGAACAAGUCUGCAGUCCCCCAGGCCCUAGGUCAUCAAGCACAUUAGUAGCGUCGCCAUCGAACAGAAACGAAUUAUUCCUAUUCGGAGGCGAAUACCACGACGGCAGCGUAGCAUCAUUCUACAACGACCUGUUCGUCUACCUCAUCGACCGAGGCGAAUGGCACAAAGUCUCAUCAGGAAACAGCCCGCUCCCUCGAAGCGGACACGCGGCCUGUCGCGGCGGCAACACGGGUGGAAUCUACGUGUCGGGCGGGGAAUUCUCGUCCCCGAAACAGAACCAGUUCUACCAUUACCACGAUUUCUGGCAUUUAGACACCGACACGCGCGAAUGGACGAAACUGGAGCCUAGGGCUAAAGGCAAGUCGCCACCAGCGCGUAGCGGGCACCGAAUGACCUAUUUCAAAAACUAUAUUGUGCUGUUUGGUGGGUUCCAGGAUACAUCGCAGCAGACCAAGUACUUGAACGACACUUGGAUUUAUGAUAUCAAGGAGAACGUGUGGCACGAGAUGAAAACACCCCCUGCAUCUCAGAAGCCAGAUCCACGGUCGUCGUUUAGUUUCCUCCCGCACGAGACUGGCGCCGUGUUAUUUGGCGGCUAUUCUCGCGUUAAGGCCACGUCUACAAGUGGCAAGCAGGGUAAAGGUGGUGGCGGACCUUUGGUCCGCAAUGUUCUCAAACCAAUGGUCCAUCAAGACACUUGGUUUCUCCGCAUCACGCCUCCUCCCGCUGAUGCGCCCAGCGGAACAGCCCCCACCUUACGCUGGGAGCGGCGCAAGAGACCUGCAAAUGCGCCGAAUCCGCCGAGAGCCGGUGCGACCAUGUCAUACCACAAGGGGCGCGGCGUGGCGUUUGGCGGCGUCCACGAUGUCGAAGAGAGCGAAGAGGGCAUUGAAAGCGAGUUCUUUAACGACAUGUUCAUCUGGAAUAUUGACCGAAAUCGCUUCUUUCCACUUACCUUGCGCCGACCCAAGGCUGGGGGAGCCAAGAAACAGGCUGUAGCACCGCGAGGCCGGGAUCGAGCAAAGGCCGACGAGGAGGAGCUAUUACGCAACCUCGCGGCCCUGCAGACCAAGGGAUCAAUCUUGGGCGCCGAUGAGAUGGAAGUGGAACGUGCUCCUCGAGACAACGAACCUGAGCCCGAGCCCGCCAAGAAAGAGUAUCCGGUCCGCUUCGAAAUGCCGCAUCCGCGCUUCAAUGCCCAGCUGUGUGUUCAGGACGAUAUUCUGUAUUUGUUUGGCGGCACCUUUGAGAAGAAGGAUGUUGAAAUCACGUUUGCGGAUCUCUAUGCCGUUGAUCUGGGCAAGCUCGACGGUGUCAAGGAACUCUACUACACAGAACCGGCUAAUUGGAAUGUGACGAGUCAAGACAGCGAUGAGGAAAUGGAGGAUGAAGACGACGAGGAGGGAGAUUCCGAUAUGGAUACAGACGAGGAGGACAAUGAUCAAGACACAUCGUCGGUGGGAGCGCCGUCGACGGCCGCGACAGAAGUCACUCUUCCUCCGGCAGAGAGCGAAGCGGCUGUGGAGACAGAACCCGAGACGAGCGCGGAGCAGGACUCGCGGCCUUUCCCGCGUCCGUUCGAGAGUCUGCGCGACUUUUAUGCCCGCACUUCUGAGGAAUGGCAGAGACUGGUGAUCGAGUCGAAAAAAUCAAGAACUACUACCACGUCGACAGAACAAUCUGUCAAAGAACUGCGCAAGGCGGCUUUCGAGCAGGCCGAAGAGAGAUGGUGGGACUGCAGAGAGGAGAUCCGUAAUCUCGAGGACGAACAAGAGGCCGCAGGUAUCGGCGAGGUCAUCAGCAUGGCUGACCGGGGUGCCGAAAGCGGACCAGGUAGACGGCGAUGAUAUGAUGCACGCGAACCAACCCACCAUAGCGACAUGUUCUUUGCGUAUAUUCUGUAUAUCAGUGACCUUAUUCUAAUCUAUAGUGUCGUCCCGCAAAGCAAAGAGCGCUUUCAUGACG